GGCGGCAUUUCCUUUUCUAGCAACUUCCCUCAGUUUGCUACGUCAUCUUUCUCGCUUGGUAAACAUUUGUAAACGAACUUAUCGUUAAGAGAUCCCUUUUCAAUAAUUUUUCUUUCACCCAACUUUAGAAGACAAAACUCAUGUUUACAAAAAAAGUAUAAAAUAACCUGGCUCUCAAUAAGCUAAUGUUGUGGCGUAGCUUUUUUUCUUACCCAUGAUGCUCAGCUAGUUCGCAAUGAGGAAGUGGAAUGUCAGACUGAUCUGUUUCGCAGACGAUUAAAUUUGGGAUAACUGGCAAAACCUUUUUUUGGAAGUUUUUAUUUUCCCUCUGGCGAAAUCAAAGACAUUAGUCUACUGAGGACGACCAGUAGAUAUGGCGGACAGUGAGGCGACACCGGGACCUUCAAGUGAUUUUAAAAUAAUUAAAGUGACAGUAAAAACUCCUAAAGAGAAAGAAGAGUUUGCAGUGCCAGAUAAUAGUACCGUCAAACAGUUCAAAGAAGAAAUUUCAAAACGCUUUAAGGCGCAAACUGAUCAGCUGGUGCUGAUCUUUGCAGGGAAAAUCCUGAAAGACCCUGAUCUGCUUACUCAGCAUGGAAUCCAUGAUGGACUGACAGUUCACCUUGUCAUAAAAACACAAAACAGGUCACAGGAACAGUCUUCUAGCAGUUCUACUAGCAGUAAUACAACUGCUUCUACAGAACCCAGAACUACAUCUACUUCAAAUACACCUGGUUCCAGUAGCAGUUUAGGUCUGGGUGGUCUUGGCAAUUUGGCGGGUUUUACUGGUCUUGGAAUGAAUUCUGCAAACUUUUCAGAACUGCAGUCUCAAAUGCAACGUCAGCUAAUGUCGAACCCUGAAAUGAUGGCCCAGAUUAUGGAGAACCCCUUUGUUCAGAGUAUGCUGUCCAAUCCAGACUUAAUGAGGCAAUUGAUCAUGGCAAACCCCCAGAUGCAGCAGCUCAUUCAGCGGAAUCCAGAGAUUAACCAUAUGCUAAAUAAUCCAGAUAUAAUGAGACAAACACUGGAACUUGCUAGAAAUCCAGCCAUGAUGCAAGAGAUGAUGAGGAAUCAGGACCGAGCACUGAGCAACCUUGAAAGCAUUCCAGGAGGCUACAAUGCAUUGAGAAGAAUGUAUACAGACAUUCAGGAGCCAAUGCUGAAUGCCGCUCAGGAACAGUUUGGAGGAAACCCUUUUGCAUCCUUAGUGAGGAAUUCUGCCAGUGGUAAUCAGCCAUCCCAAACAGAGAAUCGAGAUCCAUUACCAAAUCCCUGGGCACCUACUACAGGCACUCAGAUCUCCACAACUUCUGGAAGUAAUGCCAUUAAUGCUACAACAAGCCCAGCAUCAGGGCAGUUACUGUCAGACCUGGGCUCUGGAAUAGGAGCAGGUAUGUUCAGCACACCUGGAAUGCAGAGCCUUCUGCAGCAAAUAACAGAAAAUCCACAGUUAAUGCAAAAUAUGUUGUCAGCUCCAUACAUGCGAAGUAUGAUGCAGGCAUUAAGCCAGAAUCCAGACCUAGCAGCACAGAUGAUGCUGAACAACCCACUUUUUGCUGGAAAUCCACAGCUUCAAGAGCAGAUGAGACAACAACUUCCAGUCUUUCUUCAGCAGAUGCAGAAUCCAGAAACACUGUCAGCAAUGUCUAAUCCUAGAGCAAUGCAGGCACUACUACAAAUUCAACAGGGUCUACAGACAUUGGCAACUGAAGCACCGGCCUUUAUUCCAGGACUUGGUCUGGGUGGCCUUGGAGGAUUGAGUAACAUUGCUAGCUCAGGAAGUUCCUCUACUAGUACUCCAGCAACAACAGACAACACAAGUAAUUCUCAAAGAACUGGAGAACUUGGGCAACAACGAUUUAUAGAGCAAAUGUUACAGGCACUGGCUAGUGAUAAUCAGCAGACACAAACACCUGAAGUCCGUUUUCAACAACAACUUGAACAACUCAGUGCAAUGGGAUUCCUGAAUCGUGAAGCCAAUUUGCAAGCACUGAUAGCAACAGGAGGAGACAUCAAUGCUGCAAUCGAAAGGCUUUUGGGUUCUCAGCCAUCAUAGUAUAAUUUGUUAUUUAUGGUGAUGAUGGUAAUGAUGAUGCACAUAUUUAUUUUUGAUAUAAUAGCUAUCAAUUCUGUAAAAUGCUCUGUUAUUAAUGUUUGCUUAGAAAAGACGGACUUUCUCCUUAGGAGGAAAUUGGAAGCAUUGUAAAGUUGAAUUUUAUGGUUGUACAUGAACAAAAAGUAUCAAUAAUGUUUUUGCAGAUUAACUUUGCAUGUAACCAAUACAAAGCUGAAAGUCAUCUUUAUCACACGAUUGUGUGAACUGGUAUCAAUUGAGAUUUAGUUGUCACACUUGGUAAUUGUUUUCUGGGGUUAUAUGGCCUUUACUAGUGAGUCGUUUACUACAGAGUACACAGAUGAGAUGAACUAAAUCUGAUGCAAUUGUGACAUUUUGCUUAUAUUGUUUAAAUAGCAUGUUAUAUUUGCUAUCAUAGCCUUCAACAUUAAUUACUGAAGAUAAUUGCCUGCUAUGCUCAAUAAAAUUUAGCAUUUGUGGUGAGCCAGAAGUCUUUUGAAAAGCCAAACCAUAACAACACACACCUUUUGUGCUCAUAUUUGCAACUGAAUAUACUGGAAUUUGUUUUGGUUAGUUAACUUUUAAACUGCAAGUCAGUAUUUCCUCACAGAACCAGUCUCGUUAGCAGCAUUUUUCUGGCAGUGAGCAUAAAAGGCAAAUGUGCAGAGGAUUUACUUUUGUAAUUAAAUUCGCAAUCACCAUGUUUGACCAUUCUUAGUGCAUCCUGAGGAAAUCCUUUUGCACUAUUUAUGCACAAACUGGCUCUUCCCAGUAGAAAAAAGUAAAAUAUCAUUUAAAUUGUAAAUUAGUUUUUACUUUUAAAUAUUCUUGUGUGAUAUUAAUCAUUAAUUAUAUCUGCCUUGUACAAAUAAAAUGUAUAUUAUUCAGUUUUUAUCAGUUACUUUUUUCUGUUGCACAGGUAAUUAAAAAAAUGAAAAAACUUAAAAUUAAA